AUGAUAGCAACGGGGUUUAAGGUCAUUAUUGCCGGAGGCGGAAUUUCGGGGCUGACGCUUGCCAACGCGCUGGAGAAAGCUGGUGUUGACUACAUACUCCUCGAAGCCAGGGACGACAUCGCGCCAAUGGUCGGCGCAUCAAUCGGGAUCUUUCAGAACGGUGGUCGGAUUCUUGAUCAGCUUGGAUGCUUUGAGGCCAUCGAGCAGGAGGCCUCCCCGCUGCGGAAAACUCGAAGUCGCGACCAUCACGGCAAGCAGUUCUUCGCAAACAUCGGUAUUCAACUCGUUGAGGCUCGGUUCAAUUACCCUGCGAUGUUCGUUGAUCGACAGCAUGCUUUACGUACCCUGUACGAGAACCUUAACGAUAAGUCUAAGAUCAAAUUGCAGAAGAGGAUCUCGAAGGUCGAUCACAGCGAAAGCGGAGUCGUCGUCACUUGCAAAGACGGCACUACAAUCAGCGGCGACAUCUUGAUCGGCUGCGAUGGUGUCCACAGCGUUGUUCGCAAUGAGAUGUGGCGACUUGCUCAUCUGCAUGAGCAGAAUUUGUUCGAUCCCUCAGAUCAGAAUCUGCUCUUCGCAGAGUAUCAAUGUCUCUUCGGCAUCUCUUCUCAGACCAAGGGCAUUGUCGAAGGCGAGGUCACUGUAAACUACGACGAGGGAUUCUCUACAUUGAUCAUAGGAGGCAUGCAGAAGGUGUACUGGUUUGUGUUCAAGAAGUUGGACAAGACAUGUUGCCCUCGCUUCCCAUGGCUCUUUUUUGCGAGUACAGUUUCAACACAAGCAAGACCUUCAAGGGAGACAACCGUUCCGAUUGUCUCGUUGACUGACCAAUCUGCAGACAAAGCCAACGAGCUCCCGCGAUACACCAAAGAGGAUGCCGAAGCCUUUGCGCAAAAGAUCGAGAAGUUUCACAUCACGCCUGAGCUGACAUUUGAUGGUCUCUGGAAGAACAGGAGAACAUACACCCUAGUUCCGAUAGAAGAGGCUCAAUUGAAGCGAUGGUCCUGGGGUCGUAUCGCCUGUGUAGGUGACUGCGUCCAUAAGAUGACACCGAACAUGGGCGCAGGCGGUAACGCAGCAAUGGAGACUGCCGCUGCUCUCGCAAAUGAAGUCAAAAAAAUGGUCAAUACGGCCGAGAAGGGGAAGCCAAGCUACGAGACCAUCAAAACUCACCUUGGAAACUACCAGGCGCUCCGGGACAUCCGUCUGACAGCCGUGCUGAAGGCUGCAAAUCGCCUGACACGCCUGCACGCGCUCGCAACACUCAAAGAUAAGAUCUUUGCAUUCUGGGUCCUCCCUAAUGCUGGCGACUUUUUCACGAAUCUUACGUGUGAUAUGAUCACUGGCGCUGUCAAGCUUGACUACUUGCCUACACCUGCACGAUCACUGCACGGUACCAUGCCUUUCAACCCUUCUCAAGGGCUUGGCCAGACUGAAUCAAAGCUAUGUAGAGCCGUCCGAGGUCUGCCUUUCCUGGGUAUAAUGGCUGCUGCACUCUACUUCAUGUGGAGCGUAUGUCUACCACCCGUGGUCGAGCGCAUCGGCAACAUUAUAGAGCAGGGCGUGCACAAUCAGAUCGGUGAAGCUGUUCAUGUCGAGACGUUACAAAGCUUCUACGGCGUCGAGUUUCUUGACAGCAGAUAUAGAGCAUUCGUUGCAUGCUUUGCCUCGAUCCAGUUCGUCGACCUUGCUUGCAGCUGGCAAAGCCUCAGCUUUCUGACCGAUGGCGGGAUCGUGUACUCCAUCCUGCUCAUCGAGAGUUCCCGGAGGGCGAAUAUCCUGACCUUGUCCUAUGCUCCCAUCAUCCUCGGCUACAACAUGCAAUUCUUCGGCAUCGGCGUCCUGAUGGCCCUCUGGUGCCUAGUCCACUACAUCCAGUCUCCUAUUGAGAACUUCCGCGCCCGCGACAUGCGCCUCACUGACCUCUCCUACACCGCGUCCGUUCUCCCCGUCAUGCUGCUAACGUACUACUUACCCAACUUCGUCUCAUUCUCUUCCUGGAUCGAUCCCACCACGCGCCACGCAGCGGACUGGAUAUGGCAGCCCUUCGCCGUCUGGACGACAAUUCUGCAGUUUGUGCUCAAGAAGACCGUCAUGUCGGAUACGGUGGUGAAGGACCAAAUGAAAAAUCCGAGCAGGGAUCUGCCCGUGAUCAAGUACACCAUUUACUCACUUUGUGCAAUAUCGACGGCGACGUGGUGGUAUACGCUUUACGCCGCGCCCUUUCCGCCUUGGGUGCUGUUCGUCCCGGACCUCACCGUUGUAAAGACGGGCGAUGAGUUCAUCCGCACGUUUUUGCAGUUUGAUGAGAUUUUCUCUUUUGGGGCAUGUUUUUUAUGGCUGCUAUAUUUGUUCGGAGAUCUCAAGAGGGUGGGCAUGGUAGGUGCUAGCUGGGUCAGCAUUGUUGUUAGAGGGUUGAUCACGCUUGUGGUUGCGGGUCCGGGUGUGACGGUUGGCCUGGGCUGGUGGUGGAGGGAGCAGAUUCUGGCUACGAAGUGGCAUAGAGAUGCUGUUGUGGUGAGGAAGUCGAAGUGA